GCACGUAGUCAAUUGUCACCCCUCAAACUCUGCAAAAACUUUUUUGUUUUGUUGGACUUGUUUUUAUUUUGUGGAUAAUAACCGGUGUCCUCAUUGAGAAUGGAUGAUAUCCAAGUAGUUGAGUCGAAGCCUCUCAUCGGGGACAGGGAUUUGCAAGGGCUAAGAGAGGCUGUCCAGCAGUUGGUGAUUAAGGAACAUGAUGUGGAGACUCCAUAUGGCAGAGUCCACUGUACCAUGAAAGGGGUUCCUAAGGGUGACCGGCCCGUCAUCCUCACCUACCAUGAUAUUGGACUGAACCAUAAAAGCUGCUUUGACACCUUGUUCAACCAUGAGGAUAUGCAGGAGAUCAUGCAGCAUUUUGCUGUAUGUCAUGUAGAUGCACCAGGGCAGCAAGACGGAGCAAACACCUUCUCCACUGGAUACGAGUACCCUUCCAUGGAUCAACUGUCUGAGACACUUCCAUCAAUUCUUAAACAUUUUGGACUGAAGAGUGUGAUCGGCAUGGCUGUUGGUGCGGGUGCUUAUAUCCUUGCUAAGUUUGCGUUGGAUCACCCUGCUAUGGCGGAAGGCCUUGUGCUGAUAAACAUCAACCCAUGCGCUGAGGGCUGGAUGGACUGGGCAGCACACAAAAUCUCUGGUUGGACUCACGCCAUGCCUGACAUGAUCAUCUCUCACCUGUUUGGAAAGGAGGAAAUCCAGCAGAACCAUGACCUCAUUGGCAGAUACCGUCACCACAUUGUGAAUGACAUGAACCAGUUCAAUCUGCAACUCUUCGUCAAGUCCUACAACAGCCGAAGAGACCUGGAAAUCGAGAGGCCUGUAUCUGGUGGCCAUGUCAAUGUCAGAACUCUAAAGUGUCCUGCGCUCCUGGUAGUUGGAGACAGUUCCCCAGCAGUGGAUGUUGUGGUUGAGUGCAACACAAAGCUGGACCCGACCAAAACCACACUGCUUAAGAUGGCUGACUGUGGAGGCUUGCCCCAGGUCGACCAGCCUGGGAAGCUAACAGAGGCUUUCAAGUACUUCAUUCAGGGCAUGGGUUACAUGCCCUCUGCCAGCAUGCCCCGCCUGGUCCGUUCCCGCACAGCAUCCGGCUCCAGCGUCACUUCCUUUGACGGCAACCGCAGCAGGUCGCACACUAACGAGGGCAACCGCAGUCGCUCCCACACCAACGAGGGCCGUGCCCGAGCCCACACCUCAGACAACCAACGCACACGUUCGCACACUGACAACAUGGACAGUUCUGUGGACCAGGCUCCCAAGUCUACCGAAGUGUCCUGUUAGACUGGUGACCUUGUCUCCGGUCCAUCUCACAUAUGCAUUAACCUUUCUGUUCUGACUGUGCUGCGCUGCCAUUAACUACACACGCAACAGGACUCAUUGGUCUUGCACCAUUUUAUUUGUCAGAGGGCAUUUAUGCCAAAGUGUCUUGUGUUUAAGACUAUAUUUCCUGGGGAAAUGCUGAGGAAGGAGUGGAUAGAGUGGAUGAAGGACAGGAUGAUGGAGUUAUUUCUUUUCUUUUUUUUGCACCCUGCGCAAUGGCUGUCUUGUUGUUGUUGUUAGAGGCAAUGCAGCACAGAGACAUUUUGAUGGUCAUUAUCCAAGUAAGCUAGGCACUGAGAAGGGCACAUUUGUACAAUUAUGUUAAUCUCUAGUCUGCAAUUAAUUUUCUUUUGUCAAGUUAUUAUACCACUUUUAUAUGCUAGAUUAAGUGCAUAAUUAAGUGUAUAAUCUGUAAAUGUUGACGUAGACCUCAUUGAAUGGAAAAGGGAUUGGUUGACCACAGAGUAGAGACGGUGGUAUUUUUUCAUGAUGCUAGCCUA